UCUAAGAACUUUCUCUGUAUUCGAGGCCUUCAUUUUGGCGAUAAAUUUUUUUUUUUUUAUAUUACUAAUUCUGAACAAGUUCGUUCUUUUUUGUUUUUUAACUGAAUGCAAUGGAAAGUAGUAACCGGAGGCUUACGCUUUUUGAGCAGAUGUCAGCGGUUGACAACGGCCGGAACACUCUGGCUGGUUUAACUCUCGAAGCCGUUUUGGGAAACGUUAAACGGACUGAACCACCGCCGACUCAGAAUCGUACGCUUCUGGAUAUUAUACGAGACGAUGGGUCCAACAAGGACAAGAAGAGUUGGAAAACGCUUCGAGAUAAGCUCCGGCUCAAGCGAUCCGUCUCUGCUUGGACUUCCUCGGUUACUAUCCGGCUUCCGAUGUUAAUGUUCAUGGUGACGGAUCCCAGUUCUUGCGGCGCGGUUCGUUUCGUUCUAACUCGGUUGACUCGACUCGAGGUGGGGAUGGAGGUGAAGGUGCCCUGGUUUCUGGCGCGGAGGGAUUCGGUUCGUUUCGGGCAUAACCCGAGUCAGACCGAUCACGAUGAUUCGGUUGAUGUCAGCAUGCCGGGCGAUGCUCCGUCGAGAAGCUUCAGGCCAUCAAAUACUCGCCAUCAUUCGACUCAUUCUCCUUCUUCGAACACCGCCGGUAACGAAACUGACAGCAGCGACGACGACUCUCCCAUGGCGCUUGAGCGACCGCGCCGACUGAGAGCAGCAUUGGAGGAGGAGAGGGCAUUGUCUGCGAGAGAAGCAGUGGCGGCACAGGAAGCAGAGGAAGCGGCAGAGAACAAUUCUCCGCCACCAACUGUUGCGGCUGAGGAGCCGGUGAGGAUGUCAUUGAUGGAUUUAUUGGAGGAAACAGACCGUCAAAUGGGGCUUUCAGGAUCGAGAUACACAGUGGGCGACGACGAUGACUAUUACAAGGAGGAAGAAAAAGAAAUAGUUGUAAUCGAAGCGAGCCGUGGUAUCGAGUACACGUGUUGCGUGUGCAUGAUCAGGCAUAAAGGUGCGGCGUUCAUUCCCUGUGGGCAUACAUUUUGUCGGCUCUGUUCAAGGGAGCUUUGGGUUCAGCGAGGGAGCUGCCCACUUUGCAAUGGCUUCAUCUUGGAAAUUCUUGAUAUCUUUUGAUAUCGUUUUUCUAAUUCUUGCUUCUUCUUCUUCUCUUUAAUUUUAGUAAUUCUUUUUCAAAACCAGUAGUUUAAAAUUAUCUCCCAUCUGUGAUUGUGAAGAAAUUGUGCAAACAAUGGUUCUUUUCUUCUUCUCAGUUUCUUUCUUUUUCCUCCAAUUUUUGUUUGGUUUUAAUGAAUGGCUAUCAUUGCAAAGUGGUUGACAACUUUACUUUCCUGAUUCAUGGCCAUGACCCAGACCCAGGGUUCUCUUUUCCUUUUCUUACCCUGGAAAUUGUAUAGGGAAUUUAUGUUUCUUGGAGCUAAGAUAACAUCUGUUGAUAAGACAGAGGUGAAUUGGUUGAUGGUAAUAAUAUUUUUUUUAUUGUCUGUAUGUUCCAAAAUGAAUGGAGGUAAAGAAGAAAAUGUGGAAUGGUAUGGACCAGUGGGCCUGAUGAUUAUGUCUUGAAAAGAAACGGUUGGGUGAAAAGCAAAGCUGUCUCUGGCUUUGUAACUGUUGAAAAAGACCAGGAGGGUGAAUCAGGGAUGGGGUUGGUUGGUUUUUGUUUCCGAAUGUAAGAUUCUCUCAAUGGUAACAACAGGAAUUCACAGAAUCAAGUUUUGAUUCAUUUUCAGAGUGUGAGAGAUAGGUUUUAGUGUUUGUAGAUUUUGGAGAAAAAAAAAAACCUUCAUAGAUGAUAAACUUGACAGCCAUCAUCAUUGGAUCAACAGGCAUGGAAACAUGACUGUUUAGAAAAGCCACUUUGCUAUGUUUAAUGAGGUGGGACAGAGGUUGUAAGCCACAGCAACCUGCCUCAGAAUCAAUUUCAACCAGAACCAAGAAAAAAUAUAAUAUUAAUAAAAGCUUAAGCCAUACUCAGAAGUUACUUGCUACCUGAGAGAAGCCACGAGUGCAUUAAUGAACCAUGAUUUCCCAUUACUGUGGAGACCACUCUCU